UCAGAAUUUUGAUGGAUGUGGAAAAGAUAUAAUCGAUUUUUAAUUUAUUAAAAUGAAAAUUAAGACUUAAGUGAGAAAAUUCAGUAUGAAACUGUCUAGUAGCAAAAUAAUAAAAAUUAGCCACACAUCAAUUAGAGUACUUGCUGAAAUAUCUGCAAUUCGUUUUAUCAUACAGAAUGGAUGAAUUAAAUCAUGAAGAAGAAGAGGAUGCUUCUGACAUUCGGAAUUAUCUUGCCUCUUUUCAUAAAGAAAUAGAAAGAGAAGAUGCAGAUGAAUCCAAUUCCUUAAUUGAACAGGACUCUGAUGAGGAGUGUUUAAGUCCUGAAGAACUGUGUAAUUAUUUAUCAGAAAGUGAGUUGAAUGGUGGAAUUGACAUUAAAGAUGAACCUGAAGAUGAUCCAGAGUAUUAUUCUGGCAUUGUUUCUAAUCCACAUCAGAUAAAUGUAAAUAAUGUCAAAAACAAAAAUACUAAACAUAUGAGAAAAAGUACUGCUGAAAUAGUUCGAUUAGGAGACAAGAGUCCUGUGAUGACAAACCAAAUAAGUGAACUGUCAGAUGAAACAAAUGAAGAAACUACAGUCAUCCCUGGCAUUGGUGAAGAACUUCAUAUCGAUGAUCAACAAACUUUAGAAAUGGUUGCCCAGUUUGCUGAGCAAGCUGUUUCUAAUGCAGCUAAGAAUUCCACUUUAUCAGGAUUAGAUAAUGGAAGUUCUUACCAGACAGUAACCAUAGUUCCAUCUGAUACUAACCCUGGAGAACUUAGCUAUGUGCUGUUUGUUUCCCAGGCUGAAGAUGGGGUAGAUAAAUUAGUUGAAGAUGCAUCCAUGUCUGUAUUCAAUCUGAAUGAUGUCUCAGAAUUUGGGGAUGCAUUUCUGACGAAGCAAGUAGACUCUAAUAAACACAAAAUGCGAACAAUAAGAUUGUCAACAAGGCGAUCUCAGCUUGUAUCUCAGCAACAUGUCUGUGCCUAUUGCAGCUAUACCAGUCCUAAAAGGUAUUUGUUAUCUCGGCACAUGAAGUCUCAUUCAGAUGAACGUCCUCACAAAUGUGGUGUCUGUGAAAGAGGAUUUAAGACUUUAGCAUCACUUCAAAAUCAUGUGAAUACUCAUACUGGAACACGCCCACAUCCUUGUAAAGACUGUGAAUCCUGUUUCACAACUUCUGGAGAACUAGUACGUCAUAUACGAUAUAAGCAUACUCAUGAAAAACCCCACAAAUGCACUGAAUGUGAUUAUGCUAGUGUGGAACUUAGUAAACUAAAAAGACACAUGCGUUGUCAUACUGGAGAAAGGCCUUAUCAGUGUCCUCAUUGCACUUAUGCUAGUCCAGAUACUUACAAGUUAAAGCGCCAUUUGCGCAUUCACACUGGGGAAAAACCAUAUGAAUGUGACAUCUGCCAAACUCGAUUCACUCAGUCAAAUAGUUUGAAAGCUCAUAAACUGAUCCAUUCUGGAAACAAACCAGUGUUUCAAUGUGAAUAUUGCCCAACCACUUGUGGUAGAAAAACUGAUCUUCGUAUACAUAUGGAAAAGCUUCAUUCUAGUGACAAUCCACAUCGUUGCAAGAGAUGUGGAAAAGUUUUCCUUGACAGAUAUAGUUACAAGAUCCAUGUAAAGAGUCAUGAUGGUGAAAAAUGUUUCAAAUGUGAUCUCUGUGAUUAUGCUUCCAUCUCUCAACGCCACCUAGAAACUCACAUGUUAGUUCACACAGACCAAAAGCCUUUCCAUUGUGAUGAAUGUGAUCUGUGUUUUCGGCAAAAGCAGCUCCUGAAAAGGCAUAAAAACCUUUAUCACAAUCCAGAUUAUGUAAAACCAGAGCCUAAAGAAAAGACACACAUUUGUGCUGUUUGCUACAGAGCUUUCCGUCACAAAGGAAAUCUCAUGCGUCAUUUUGCUGUUCAUGAUCCUGACGCUACCAUUUCUGAAAAAGAAUUAGCUAUGCAACUGGGAGAGUCCAGAAGACUCGGAGAUGAUGAGGAUGGGGAAGAUGAUGAGGAAUUGAAAAGAAAUCUGACAGAAAAUGAAGAUCAGCAAGUUGUUGUCUUUGAGGUAAUACAACUCCCGCCAUCCACUGGAGUAGGUCAUGAAAAUUCAUCAUUUGCAUCGAUGGACAGCAACACAAUCACAUUGAAUGGCUUGGAAUCACAAGGAUAUUCUAUUGUUCAAUCAGCUGAUGAUGAUAAUAGAGAUUUGUUUGAUCUAUCUGAAGAAACAGAUGUUUUUGACAAUAUGGGAAAUAUUUCUUCUAUUUCAAGUACAAAAAUUACUUCUAAAAAUAAGAGCAGAACUCUUGGGAAAGCUGGUAUUCAAUUAAAGAAGAAGAAAUCUCCUCUUCAGAGCUUGCGUAGAGGCAAAUAUUCAGGUUCCAAUUCUGCUCAACUCCUUAAAAUUAUUGCUGAAAAAAAUGUUCCAGUUUCUGAAGACCAAGCUUCAUUCUUAAAUGAAAAAUUAUUAGACAAAGAGAAAGAACUUGAUAAAAUAAGAGCAGAACAAAUUCAGAAAGAUUUGAAAGAAUGUUUUGGUUUUAAUGAUGACAAAGAAGAAGACUAUGAACCAUUCCCUGGUCACUUAGAAGACAUAUCUUGAUAAUGUGUAAAAUUUUAAUUAUUUAUCUCAGUAAUGACUUGUGUCAUAUGACCAGCUACUUCGCAGAUUAUUUAUGGAUUAAGAAUACUGCAAAAGCUGUUUUAUAAAAGGAACAGUAUGUUUUGUAUAGAAAUUCUGUAGGUAUUGAAAGAGUUUCUUUUUCAAGUUUUAAAUCAGUUAUCAAUACCACUUCUUUUUACGAGCUUAUACAUGUUUUAUGACCUCAUAUGGUAUUGUUAAAUUUUAUGUGUGUAUAUAGUACUAACUUAUAAUCAAUAAAAAAAUGCAAGAUACAAGUGAAAUGCAUUAUAUAUGUAUUGCAUAAAUUUCAGUUAAGAAAUUUUCAUCAUACUAGAAUAUGAUAUUAAAUUUAAAAAAAUUAUGUGAAUUAUAUGAUUGUUCAUAAUAUGUGUUAUUCUUUGC